AUGGGCAAGCAACAGACCAAAAUCCCACCCCUCAUCGGGUGGUCUUACGAUCUAGUGCUGUGGUCCUUCUCGGUGCUCAUCGAUCUCUUCUUCCGCGAGGUUCAUCCACGAGGAUCAUGGAAAAUCCCUCGUCGUGGACCAAUUAUCAUUGUCGCCGCUCCUCAUGCGAAUCAGUUUGUUGAUUCCCUCGUCCUCAUGCGCGUCAUUCGCAGCGAAGCGCACCGUCGAAUCUCAUGGUUAAUUGCGGAGAAGUCCUUCAGGCGCAAGUUCAUUGGGAUGCUCGCCAAGGGUAUUGGAACUCUCCCGGUGGCUCGCGCCAUGGAUAACUUGAAACCUGGCACCGGCACAAUUUACCUACCCGACCCCAUCAACGAACCGACCCUUUUGCGAGGUGUGGGGACAAACUUUGAAGGCCCAGGAUUUGAGGUGGAGGGUACAAUUGCGCUACCCACUAUCAAGGGGACCUCGCAUAGCACGGCCAUCGCGGAAAUUCGCGGACCGGAGGAACUUGUCCUGAAAAAGCCUUUCAAGCACAGGGAUGCGUUGUUCCAACUUACAGGAAGGGAAGAUAUUGACAAGGAUGGGAAAUUUUUGGGGGAUGUCACAAACAACAACUCGGAUUUCAAGGGCACCAAGUUCAAGGUUGCGCCACACGUGGAUCAGACUGCUGUCUACGAAGCUGUCUUUGGGAGAUUGAAUGCUGGCGGCUGUGUAGGCAUCUUCCCAGAGGGUGGUAGCCAUGACCGUACUGAGCUGCUUCCCCUCAAAGCUGGUGUGGCUCUCAUGGCACUCGGUACUCUGGCGGAUAACCCGGAUUGUGGUUUAAAGAUUGUUCCCACUGGCAUGAACUAUUUCCACGCCCACAAGUUCCGUUCUCGUGCAGUCAUUGAGUUUGGAAAGCCAAUCGAAGUCCCCAAGGAACUGGUGGAGCAAUUCAAGAAAGGCGAGCGUCGUGAGUCCGUCGGUGCUCUCUUGGAUAUCAUCUACCAAAGUCUUGUCGCCGUUACGGUUACCAGCCCGGAUUAUGAUACACUCAUGGUUAUCCAAGCGGCCCGUCGUCUGUACAACACCAAGGGAAAGAAACUUCCCCUUCCGAGAGUAGUGGAGCUCAACCGUCGACUCGUAAAGGGAUACGCGCAUUUCAAAGAUGACCCACGGAUUGUAAACCUUCGGAACUCUAUUGUGAACUACAACAAGCAACUUCGCAUCCUGGGUAUCCGAGACCACCAGGUGGCCUACGCCAAGUUUUCUAUUCUACAGGUCGUUAUUAUGUUGAUCUACCGCUUGGGUAAAUUGGCUCUGCUGGCGAUUGGAACGUUGCCCGGUUUGAUCCUUUUCGCCCCCGUUUUUGUUGCGACCAAGUAUCUAUCAAUCAAAAAGUCCAAGGAAGCAUUGGCUGCUUCCAGCGUUAAGUUGCAGGGUCGGGAUGUUAUGGCAACCUGGAAGCUACUGAUUGCACUUGCAUUUGCUCCGGCCGUUUACGCAUUCUACUCUGCAGCAUUUACCUAUUGGACAUACCGGAACCGAGUUCAGGGCUUCAUUCCUGAAUGGGUCCCCCUCUGGCUGGUUGUCAUGAUCGGCAUGGUCAUGUUCCCCACAGUUACCUUUGCUGCUCUGCGUAUUGGCGAGGUGGGCAUGGACAUUGUCAAAUCCCUUCGACCUCUUGUUCUUUCUCUGAACCCUUCGUCGGCCAACACGCUGGUGAAACUCCGAGCGAAGCGUGUGUCCCUUGCCCAGCAAGUCACAGAAGCCAUCAAUACCAUGGGUCCAGAACUCUUCCCUGACUUUGACGCUGCCCGGAUUGUCACAGAUCCCUUCCGUGAGGUCAGCUAUGAUGCAGCUGAUGAAGAACCGGAUCUCAAGCGGGUCGGUGAUGCCGAUCUGGGCGAUACAUCGCUCAGUGCGGAGCCUUUGCCCCGCAACGAAUCGUUCCACAACCUGGCCAACAUUGGCUUCUUCUCCACAAGACCGCCAAGCCGCAACCGCAGUCGCAGCAGUUCUGCGGCGCCCCGCCCUGGCUCUCGGCAUGGUCUUAAGCCGCUCAGCCCCAUGACUCCCAAAGACCCCCUGGAAGACGUCAGCUCGCGGAUUCGAGAUGCCAUGAGAGAGCGCGGUGAGAGACGCCGUCGCCGGAGUGAAGAUGGCAGCUGGGAUAUGGCUAGUUCGGGGACAAGAACCCCAUCUAGCGGCGAUGAAUCCCGAAAAGAUCUAUGA